AUGUCUACCUUCGCUUUCGUGUUCCUCUGCAUCCAAGCUUGCUUGGUCCAGCAUGUGUUCGGUCAGUGCACCAGCCCCGCAGCUGUUGUUGAAGCUCCUUUUGGACUGGCUGCUCCUGGUUUAGCUGCUCGUGGUCUGGCCGGUCCUCUUGGUUGGGCUGGCCCUGGUCUAUCAGCUAACGGUCUUAUUGCUCCUGGUUUUGCUGCUCGUGAUCUUAUUGCCCCUGGCAUUGCUGCUCCUUUCGGUCUGGCUUCUCCUUUAGCUUAUGAUGGUCUGACCUACCCUGGUGCUGCUCCCUACGGCGGUGCUGGUGAAGGCAACGUGGCGGUCGCUG